AUGGAAGACAGUUUCGUGCCGUAUGCUCAAGUAAUGCCAGACAACAUGGUUUCAUAUCUUCUGGUUCUCCUCUCUUGUAUAGGCAACGCCAUUGCUCAACAAGCAGCUCGGAAUGUCACCUUCUGGACUGGCGAUCCCAUAGGAUGGAGUGGCAUCAUACGCGUAGACGGAACGGCUUAUGAAUACAUGGGAGACUCGCCCUCCGUACAAGGUCUCGAGAAAGCAACUCCACUUACCGUGUCUUACGACUCCCACUACAGUAACUUUACAUUCGCCGCUGGACCUGUGCGAGUAGUUGCGCGUUUCUUCUCCCCUGUUCUACCGAAAGAUCUGUGCAAGAGCAGUAUUCCGCUCAGCUAUCUGGAAGUCGAAUUUGUCGCCACCGAUGAGCUUUCGCAUGACGUACAGCUCUACUCAGACAUCGAUUCUAUGUGGCUUGCAGGCGGCAACGCUUCAUUCAACUUGACCAUUGACUGCCCUGGUGAGUCUUUCGGCGAAACUCAAUGCCCGCCCAAGGGAACGGAGACCCCCGACACAUUGUUCCAUUGGUAA